AUGUCCUGGACAUUACAAAAUUGGCUGCAAAACAAACUAAAGGAGAAAUUGAAAUGGAAGAAGUUUUUUGUCGUUCUAGAUGAUCUUCGGAAUGAGAACUACCAUGAUGGGAGUAUCCUACGUGCUACUUUCGAAGCAGGGGCUCCGAGAAGUACAAUUGUCAUCACAACUCGCAACGAGGGAGUUUCAUCAAUGACAGUUAAAAGGUGUAAAGGCUCCCCUUUGGCAGCAAAAGUACUCGAUGGCUUCUUGCUCAGUAAAAUGAAUCGUCAUGAGUGGGAAGAUGUAUUGAAGAGCAAGAUAUGGGAUUUACCACAAAUGGAAAGUGAAAUUUAUGCAGCUCUUAUGUUGAGCUAUCAUCAUCUCCCUUCACAUUUAAAGAGGUGUUUUGCGUAUUGUUCAAUACUCCCCAAGGACUACUUAUUUGAGGAGAAGCGUUUGGUUCUAUUAUGGAUGGCAGAAGGAGAUAUUUGCUUUAAAAUGGAGGAUAGAGUUUGGGAUAAUAAUGGAAGGAAACCUUCUACAAAGGCUCGAUAUUUGUCUUAUUUGGGUGGUUACCUUGAUGGCAUUCAAAAGUUUGAAGUUUUUAAUGAUCUGACAUGUUCACGAACCUUCCUGCCUUUUAUGCUUUCAUUUCUAGGUAGGUGUUGCUUGACUAGUAAUGUUCCUCUUAAAUUGUUGCCAAAACUACAACGCUUAAGGGUGCUCUCUUUCAGUGGAUACCGCAUGUAUGAGCUACCAGAAUCAAUCGGUGAUUUGAAAUAUCUACGGUUCCUUGACCUUUCUUGGACUACAAUAAGAAGCUUGCCCGACUCAGUAGCCACUCUCUACAAUUUACAGACAUUGAUAUUGGAGUGCUGCUAUUAUAUAAAGAAACUACCUUCAACGUUUGGUAACCUAGUCAAUUUGCGACAUCUCAACAUUCGAGGAGCAAAUGCAUUGGAAGGAAUGCCUCCGCAAAUGGGUAAAUUAACUUGUCUCCAAUCAUUGUCAAAUAUAGUUGUGGGAAAAGGUAGUUAUUCCCGGGUAAUAAAGGAGUUAGGGCCUUUGUUACAUCUUCGAGAGACACUUUGCAUUUCAGGAUUGGAAAAUGUGAUUAAUCGUGAGGAUGUGAGGGACGCUAGGUUAAUUGAAAAGCACAAUCUCUAUAGGUUGUCAUUGGAAUGGAAUGGCAACUUAGAUGAAUCACAAGAUAGAACGAGUGAAUUUGACGUACUUAACAUUCUACAACCUCACAAGGGUUUGAAAAAGCUCACUGUCAAACACUAUGGUUGUGCAAAAUUUCCAACCUGGCUAAAAGUUCCCUCAUUUUCUAAUAUGGUGCGCUUGGAGAUUGAAAGUUGUGCAAAGUGCACGUCAUUGCCAUUAGUGUAA